AUGUCUCCAACUCCUCUUGCUGCUGAUUUGCAGCCGGACCGACAGUUGAAAAUCCUUGCCCGAGCUUUUGAAGCUCUGCUGCUAACUACACAACGACUUGCCCAGAAGGAACAAUUUCUUCACCAACGGCUGCAAUAUGCUCACGAUGAGUAUCUCAAACUAGCAGAACAACUUCCCGGAGGAAUCGACUCGCAUACCAAGAUUGUCUCGGAGAAAAUCCUCAGUCGCCGUCUUCAGUUUGACUGCCCGCGAAAACAAAGUCUAGAUGCAUUGGAUGUAGUAAAAGAUCUUGCAGAGUCUGGAAACGUAGGAGAUUCGAGCCUUUCUGCCAUAAAUGACGGCGUGGGGUUAUAUAAACCCUUGCUCAACCGUGAAGCUGAUGUUUCGUUAACCGGUAUGGUCGCAACAAGAGCCGGGUCGCUAGAACGAGACUUCACUACCAAGGGCACGCGUGGAAGUUUGCGAUGCCCUUUCACGAAGUCUCGCCAUACGUCUGAGAAUGGGGUCAACGGAAUCGAGGCUGCGCUACCAGUCACGAAUGGCGAUACAUGUGCUUACCAGCAUUUAGAUCCCAUCAAAGAGGAGCAGCUGGAAAGGCGAUCAAGCCAGGCUCCCUCUGGUCGCUCCUCGAGUGCUCGUUGCCCUGCUUCUCGAUGUCCUAUUAGGUUCCUAGACCAACAUAGCCCGGAAGAGAUUGCCGACUAUGUUGAGCGGCACAAGCAUGAAAUUCCAAGGAGUCACGCUAUAUGUGUGAAGCGGUAUUCAGGCAGUUCCCGACAAAUGGAUGCAAAGUAUGGCGACCUGACCAACAUGAUUCGAGGGUUGUCAGAGAAGCAUCAAGCAUUCCUCCCUCCAGGCCAGCACGCACGCACUGCCAGUUCCUCAGUGGGACGCGUCGAGAAGUGGGCAGAAGAAGUCAACCAGAAUUCGACGCCUCCCACUGUAGAAGAUGAAACCUUAGCCUCCACCGAGCCAAAUGACGAAGACCGAGCCAGCCAUUUCGACCGUCCGAUGCGAGAGGUUCGCGUUGGUGAGUCGCCGAGUCGCCCCUGGGGCAUACAUGUCCCUGUCUCUUCAGCGCCGGUUUUCGAUUCUGCCAUACAGUCAUCGUCUGUUCCAGACAAGUCGACGGAUUAUCCUGCAAGAGAUGAACCUAAGGCUGGCCCGCCGAAGGCUGGUCGCUGCCCGUUCGGACAUGGUGGUGGUGCGCCUUCUCCAGAUCACCCAGCGAUAGACACCGAGACUGUACGUAACGACGAGCCUGACACACCAAAUGAAGGCGAUCAAGGCGAUGAAAGGCAAGCGGACGCGCCGCCAAAGGCCUCGGCAGCGACCAUUGUGUUCAAUGGACCUGUGUUUUUUGGAUUUUCACCUGAGCAGACUGCCACAUUCAUGCAACAGCUGGCGGCUAUGGGAGGCAAUAAGAUAUGA